AUGUCUUUAACAAUCCACCACCUCCACCAAUCCUCCUCGGAGAGGGUGAUCUGGCUCUGCGAAGAACUCUCCCUACCAUACACACUCAAAACCUACGACCGGGUGCCCCUUCUCGCACCAGAAGAAUACAAAGCCCUACACCCAGCAGCAACCUCCCCGAUCAUCCAGGAUAUCACUGACAACGGCGAAGAAAUCACGCUCGCCGAAAGCGGCGCCUGCAUCGAAUACAUCAGCCACCGACACGCAUCAGGCCGGCUGUUCCUCCCGCCUACCCACCGUUGCUACCCGGACUUCCUCUUCUGGUGGCACUGGGUCAACGGGACGUUCCAGCCGACGCUGGGACGGGCGAUGAUGGCGCGGAUGGCUGGGCUCGGCGAGGAGAAUCUGAUGGUGCGGUUGGGGGCGGAGCGGAUGCGGCGGGCGUUGGCGAUGCUGGAUGAGAGGUUGCGGGCGGAGGAGUGGUUGGCUGGGGAGGAGUUUAGUGUUGCGGAUGUGAUGCUUGUGUUCUCUUUGACCACCAUGCGGUAUUUUUUUGCGUAUGGGUUGGGUGAGUUUGAGGGGAUUUUGGGGUAUUUGGGUCGUGUUGGGAGCAGGGAGGCGUAUCGGAGGGCGAUGGAGAGGGCGGAUCCCGGGAUGGAGUUGGUGUUGGGGGCCGAUGCGCCUCUGGGGAAGAGUCUUAUGUGA